UGCUCAGGUCUACUCUCAAACAUUCAGUACCUCUGGGUUCUUCAGCAGGAUGGCACAGACGUUGCCUUUGUUGGUGUUGGCAGUCCUGAAUUCUCUGAGCUGUCACAGUGAGGUGAGGGCCAGGGACCCUGAAGUGGAGGAAGAAGAAGCAGUGGGGCUUGGAGAAAGGGCACAGCAGAUGCCCGGUGCCUUUGGAACUGAUCACCUACCCACACAUGAUCAUCGACAUCACAGCAUCUCGGACUCAAUGGCUCCUGUUGGUGCACCUCAAAACUCUGUGAACCCCUUAAGAGAGAGACUGCAUCCUCCUGCACAUAGAGGAAACUGGUGUUCAUAUGUAAAUCUACGUGUGGUCACCAAAGCUUUACUGUGUGGCACUGAGACCCAGACAGUUAAAUCAGUAAACCCCUGUCCCGAUGGAGUUCCAGACUGCCAAAUCAUCAUGUAUAAAUUGUCCUCACGACCCAUGUACAAGCAAAAGCAGACUACACUCUCUUCAGUGCACUGGCAGUGCUGCCCGGGUUAUAGAGGACACGACUGCCUGGACAAAGACAUAUCUCCAGAGGAUGAGGACAAUGUCUCAAAGGCCAGGCAGGACCAGUCGGAAGGCCAACAUUCUGGAGAAUCUAAGAUCAAUGACAACAAUGACUCAGGCGGUCCAAUACUGACUGACCAACUAGAGGACAUAGACUGGGAUGACAAGCCUCAACAUGAGCAUACAAUUCGUGGUCCUUCACACCCUAUUCAUCCUCAUCAGAGCCCUGUUGGUGCAAAAGAAGGGUUCCCUUCCUCUCAACCUCUACCAAUACUCGAUUCAUCUAUUCUCUUGUCAAUGCAUCAGUUGAUGUCAAUUAUGAUGAGUCAACUUCAGCCAGUGCUGGAAAGCUUCAAUCAAACACUGCAGCAUCUCUCCGGCGAGGUGGACGCGCUGUCUAGGGACAUGCAGCAGUUGCGGCUGGAAAAGUUUGGGGAUGCGUCCAGACCAACAGAAGCUCACAGUGGAGAUAUUGAGGAGAAAUUAGAGGACAGCCAUCUGCAGAUCAGUGAGAUGAAAACUCUACUAGACACACAGAAAGACCAGAUGGAGAGAGCAUUUCAGAUUCAACAAGACGUUCUGCAGCACAACCUAACAAAACUGAAGGACGAGAUGGAGGAUCAGAUCGGUCAGAGCUUGGAUGCACAGGUGAAUCUCCAGGCGCUCAGCGUGUUAGUUGAAGAAGUAAGACUUGGACAGAAGAGGCUUGAAGGGACACUGCAGAGAGAACGUGCUGAGUCGGUCGAACCAGCGCAGGAGUCAAGAGUGUGGGAGGCCAUCACCCGACUGGAUGAGAGGUCACAAAAAAACUCUGCACAGCUCAGCAGCUUGCCUGACACCUCAGAAGACACUGCCAGUGCUCUCCAAACCCUGCAAGAGGAUCUACUGAUUCUGGGCCAGAAAGUAGAAGCGGUCAAAAAGGACUCAGAGGUCCACUUUGCAGAAACCGGUUUGGAGGUAGAAGCAGUUCGGGUCAGGGUGCUUCACAGCAUUAGCGAGUUUAAGGCUAAUGUAAGUGCACAAGAAGGCCAGCUGAGAGAAAUAGAUCUGGACCUGAACAACAUCUUUCAUCAACUACAGAGAAAUGACUCGCCGAUUGCAGGGCAAGCCUGUAACUGCGCGUCCAUCGCUGACUCCCUGGUGAGGCUUGAAAUGGAGGUGGCGAACGUGACACGAUUAGCAAAAAAGAACCGACUUGCGUUUGAAGACGCGGAGAUGGAGAGGAGUCAGACUCGCUGGAUGACCGAAGUGGAAGAUCUUCAUCAGGGCCUGCUGAACAUGAAAGAAUCGCUGGCCUUUGAACAAGGCAGAAGCAGAAGUCUAAACAACAAUAUAUCCCAGCUAAAGGCUUCACUUUUAGACAGCCAGAAGGAGAUACGCAGCCUGAAACAGAAGGACGAGGCAAAGUCGACAGAAAUUCAAGGCCUGUCGGCCACCUUUUCUUCGCUCCUUAGUGAUGCUGUACGCCACUCCGAGGUCCUGGAGGUGCUACUAGGAGAGGAGGUCUUGGAAUUCACCACAUGGUCUCACCACCAACAGAAAGAGCUCGGUAUACCAAAUCUUUUACAGAAAAUACUCUCCAUGCAGUACAAAAUUGAGAACCAUGAUAGGAGCCUAGCCUCCCUUCGGAAAAAGCGUCCGGAGGAAGGUGAGAUGCAUAGUGAUGACCCUGUGGCAUAUUCGGAUUGGACCAGCACAAAGAAUCAGGUAGGCUACCUGACACCGGAUCCGUCCACCGGAGAGGAGGAAGACGACGAUUAUUCAGUCAGCGACUUCUGGAGUUUGGGAAAGGAGGUGGAGGAAUUAGCAGGCCGGAUAAACCUGCUGGAGGAGCGUUGUGGCAACUGUACUGUGACCCCUGGUGGAUCUGUUGUGGAACUGGAGGUGGAUAUAGCAUCACUACGUCACACCCUGGAGGAUCAUUUGAGAACGUUUGAAAAAUUGUUCAGUCAUACAGAAGAACUAACCAGCUCUGGUAGAAGCCUGAAUCUGGAUGAAGUUUGGAAGCUGGUUAGGAGGAAAGAAAGGAACAACAGAAGACAAAACCCCAACCAGGAAAAGACAGAGAGAGGAAAUGAAAACUCUCCCAGGAGAAGCAGAAGAUACAGCAAAACGGGUUACGUUUCAAUACCGCACUCUCCUGUGGUGUUUGUCUCAAACCUGGACCACAGAACGACGCCGACCGGCGAGGUCACGUCAACUAACAUGGCUGUGAACCACGGUGGCGCUUUUAAUGCUACAUCACGGAUGUUUUGCGUCCCUCAGACUGGACUUUAUCUCGUUCUGGUGGCAUUAGACUUUCAGAGGGGUCAUUCAUUGGCUGUGCUUAAGCGCAGUGGAGUUCCAGUGGCCUCCCUCACACAGGAACAUGGGGGAGCGGUGAGUCGAAGCAUCCUGCUGGAGCUUCGACAAGGGGAGACGGUUACGUUGCAACUGAUGCAUGGAUCAUUACGGAAAGCGCAGGCUGCAGAUAACACACUGUCCGGACUGUUGCUCUACACUACGGAGCACAAGGACAUGCUGUGACAUCCAGAUUGAGCUAAAGGGGGAACUCACGUCAACAUGAACAAUCAAUGGAGCAUCAGCAACUGACAUUUUGUAAAAAAAAUACAUUCUUCUAUUAUUAAAGAUGCCAAAAUACGUUUGUAUUAGAUGAUAGGCUAUACUAUAUAUUUGUACUUUAAGAAUGUGUGGAACAAUCCUGAAUGACUUCCACUGUAUGGACAUAAGGUCACUGAGAUCAUCAUACGUGUUCUGAAGUUAUACAGAUUUUAAAUAACACAAAGGUGUAUAAAUGACAGAAGUUUUGUUUUUGGGUGAACUAUCUCUUUAAAAUGCCAAAACGUUCAUAUUUCGUGGCAUUUAAAGCGCAAAUCAUAGAAGCACAAAUAAUUUGUUACAUUUAUAAAGUGCUUUUCUGGACAUUCAAUGCGCUUAACAUGGAAGGGGCAAUCUCCUCAACCACAACCAAUGUUUAGCGUCCUCCCGGAUGAUGCAACGGCAGCCAUAUUGCGCCAGAACGCCCACCACACACCAGCUUAUUGGUGGAGAGGAGACGGAUGAUAAAUGGUACCCACUCGGAGGACAUUUUCGUGCCAAUUCUCUACUGGAUGUUCAAUUAACCACAUGUCAAUCACGAGAAAAACAACAGGAUAGUGUACUAAAAUAAGGUAAUUUACUUAAAAAUUGAUACAUUGGACAAAUUCUGUGUAUAUAACAGCUUGCUUGGUAAACAUAAGGCACCUCUCCAAAAAACAGAUGUUGUGCACAACACAAAAUAAAAGGUUCAUAUUAUUCAGAUCAUAA